GGAAUUAGGAGAUCAUAAUGCACCACCUCUUAUAGCUGACAUUAAAACUUAUGAUGAUGGAACAAUUCUCGUUCAUAUUAUACGAAAUGAAUCAACACUAUCAGUUGAUUGUUCAAAAAUUGGUGGAGUGAGUUUAGAACAGAAAUUGCGAAUAAGGCUUAUUUUUUUAAAUGGAUCUGUUAGAGAGAUCGAUCCAAAAUUAAAAUUAAAUCCUAUAAAUUCUAUAAAUUAUUGUUUACUUGAUAAUAUUGAUCACAAAAUUAACAAAUUUAACGAUAAAGUUAUAUAUUUAAAUGAUACAAAAAACAAUAACUUAAGUAUAUUACAUAAUUUAGUAAAUCCUAUUACAAUAUAUCCUUUACAAAAAUCAUUCAUUCUAGUAACUUAUGUUAAAACAAAUGAUACUUCUAAUCUUACAUCUUAUAAAGAGUGUGGGGAAGUCAUCGAUUGGGAUGGGAUCAGUCGAAGUGAUGAUUAUGGAAAUUUGACAAAUUUAACAGAUUUAACAGUUUUAAUGCCAAGCAUUGGCAUUACAGGUUCUAAUACACAAUAUUCUCUGAUGUCAAUUGUGUCCACUAUUGAGAGUGGUUAUUUAACGAUCUUUAGAUAUGUGCAAGAAAGUAAUAACAGUUCGUUAGUUCCAUAUGGCGGCGGGCUUUUCACGAUAUUUAUAUAUUACAACCAACACAAACAAACAUCGGAUCGUCCUCAUGCAGUUAAUAUCUAUCAAAUAACACAACCUACUAUGAUAAUUAAGUCAGUUGAUUGUGAUGUAGCUGGUAUAGAUAUUACUUGUAUAGUCUCCAUAAACAGCAAUAAUACAACAUAUAGUGUACAAAUUCUUCUUUAUUCAUCAGGAAAUAUUCUUGAAUUAUUUGAAGUAACUAAUCAGACCCAGCAAGGUUUGAGAGCAAAAAUAAUGCCAUUCAAUGGUUAUAUAUUAAGUGUCACAACCUAUGACAAUAAUGAUGAUAAUACUUAUUAUUAUAUUUAUAUUUAUAAAGGUUAUGACAAUACUUUAAAUUCAUCGAACCAUUUUCUUACAAAUUACUUUAGUGCAAACACUAUUACGCAGAAUAAUACUUUUCUUCUCGCUUUACCCUCUACAAAUGAUAAUAUUUCUUGGUCUUUGCUCAAUAUUUCAUUACCUAAUUAUUCUAGUUUUGGUGACCAUGGUUAUGAUAAUGUCUUUAUAAACAAAACCAUACCAUCAAUCAAUGCUAAUGUCAAUUCAUCAACAAUCUUCCUAAACAUCACCUUCAAUGAUAUUAUUGCUUUGUCACCGUCAACUAGCAACAUCGUUAGCAACAUCACCAUCUACAAAGCAUCCGACAAUAGCAUUAGACAAAGAAUUUCAGCAACAAUGGAUGAUUACUGUAACAUCAGCCCAGACGAACUUACUGUUAGUAUACCAGUAAUUAAAAGUACAUUCAAUGAAUAUGGCGAACAAUAUUUUGUGACUAUGGAUAAUAAUUUUGUCCAAAGUUUUAAUGAACCUUUAAAAGGAAUUCAUGAUGGUAUCUGGACUCUUAAAACAGAUAGCUUAGACAAUCAGAAUAUAUAUUCAGAUAAAACUAUUAUGGGCUCAGUACGUCUUACUACAGAAGCGUCCAAAAAAUUCUUAAACCUCUCUAAACAUAAUCAAUCAUAUCAGGCAGUAUAUAUUGAUGAUUUAUUGAAUGAACUCGCCGGCAAAGUCCCAAUAAAUCGUUAUUGUUUAAGAUCAGAUAAUAGAUCCCAUAAUUUAUUUUAUGAUCAAAUCAUUAUUUUGAUUCGUAUAUAUAUAGAAAAUAAUAAAAUUAAAAGGACCACUUCGGAG